AGACGCGCUCUUCCAUCCCUCAUUCCCAAUUAUUUUUCUCCAUUUGAUUAUUAGUAUUUUGUAUCAUCAUCUACCAUCUUCUAUUAAUUCUCCUUUCCUUUUCUAUAUAUGUUGGCACUCAUAUAACCAAUGUCUUAACCAUCAACUCUGACCUUCAAACAAUUUCAGCUCUGACCUUCAAACAAUUCCUAGGAUCAAACUUUGUAGUACAACUUUUCUUAUCCAUCGAAAAAAUGCCUGCUGUCCCCAAAAAACAAUGCGCUGCUAAAGCAGUGAAAAAGGGGAAUCAUGUCAAGAAACAUCAACCGCAGAUGCCUGCUUCUAGUUGUUUUGCCUCCACAACGUUCGAAACGCAUUGCGACACCUCUACUGGACUACAUUACGAGACGCAGAUCACGCAGAUGGAGGACGACCUCCAAGGAGUUCCAACUUCUUCUCAAGAUGAGAAUAAUCCCUUCAAAACUACUCAAGAUUCUCAUGCUACUGCGUCGCUAUCUUCCCUUCCUACUGCUACUCAGCCUGCCGAUACUAACGAUGCUAAAGCUGUGCCAUCCACUCAGUCUUCAUCUUCAACAUCUCUGCAUCCUGCUUCUCAGUCUGUGGAUAUAGAGCAAGGUGAGCACGAUUUACUAGAAGGACAAGUUUUUCCUCAAGAGAAAAGGUUAUGCUUUUGAACAGUUGCGCAGCAUUUAAAGAAACAGCAUUGAUUCCUUUUUCCAAGAGGUAUUUGGAGUCAAUGCUUUUCUCUCAUGCUACGUCUACAUCUUGUUCACUAAUUGUAGCUCGUGGACGCCCAAAAAAAAAUGGUGCAAAGGAAAAAUUAUGAUGGAGUUUCGCGUAUGUCUGUUUCUAAGAUUUUCCUCCCCCACUUUACCAUUUCCCUUAGCUAAUAAGCAUGACGUUUUCUUUUCAACAGGACUAAAGGGCCAUCCUCUAAUUGCUCCGUUUGUGGUGGAAGCUAUCGCGGAGGACGUCAGAAUGGUCUAUCCAUGGUUAAGGUUCUCGAACUUGGUCAUCUCUCGCGAAGAAUACUGAUUCCUACGUAUUCUUGUAGUGAGAAAUGAGCAAUUAGUAAUAUUUUCUAACAACUGGCGUGUGGAAUCAGGACGAACCCUUUGGCCCUCCGCCUAUGGCAGGGGGUCAUUAUUAUGCACAAUAUUUAUGAUGUGGACCUUUUCUUUCUUUCCAAAGAGUUGAUCCUCUCUUAUCGCCAAUUUAUAUGUGCUCAAUCCCGUCUAAUACUCAUGAUUACCUGGUCGAAACCAACGCAAAAGCUGAAAAAUCAGAAUCCUUCGAUCAAGGAUCCCGAGGACCACACAACCCAAGAGUUUUUGGAUUCUUAAGGCCUAUCUUCACUAUGUAUCUUCUUCUUACUUGAUUUUUUUAUACUUCGUAUGUCUCUUUGUUUGUAAUUAGUUUUCCCUUACAUUUCCAAACUAGCUGUUUACUCAACCUUCUAAAAAAUGAUCUUAGAAGCGCAUCACUGUUGUGGAACAACAAUUAGAGUGGCGGCGGUCCGGAAAGAACGAUCCAAUGAUGGCCAAGUCCAUUUACGCUAUCACUAUCUCAAUUCAGAUACCAGCGGGCAGUUUGUAGAAAAUACAAAAUUGCCAACCCCUAAGUCUCUGAAUAGAAUGAAACUAUCUCUAAACGUGCAGCAUGCGGAAAUUUGUGCAGGGAAUUCAAAAAAAUUAUGAAGCCUUUACUCUUCGAGACAGUAGAAAUUUUUGCCCUUUACUCUUCGAGACACUAGCUUUUUAAACGUAGACUAUACAAUCUCUAUUAAAUUUCAACUUAUGCAGGAACAUCUUCUAAUAAAACGAUUUGGAUGGAAACAAAGCUAUCAGCACCUUGCUGACAAAGGCAUCAUGGUUCACUACAACCCAUGUUCGCUGCAAGCUGGUAUAUUUUUUUUUUUAUUUCAUUUUUUGGUUCUAAUAAAAGAUGCUACAGCCCUACACUGAAUAGGUGUCCUCGGUAGCAUCCACCAAUAACCACUAUCCCAAACCCCAGGUGUGUCCUACCUCUAUUACGACAGCAGCAAAAAACAUCAUUUCAAUUUCAUUUAUGGACCUUACUUCUUUAAUUAGAUGCGUGCCUGCCGUCAAUGAUGUCUAUCUAGAGAUCAUUGACCAAGCAAAAACGCUUCUAAUUUUAUGACUCAAUCCCCUCUAAAUAUAUGGGUCGAUGUUGCUGCAUUACGCAGAUGGUGAAGUACGACGCAGUGCCGAAGAAAUUUUAAGAAAAUAUAUCCUUUCUGUACUACUAUCAAAUUCCCAAAUGCAUUCCACUAAAAUUGUUGCUUCCUCUAAUACUUGCGGAUGGCUGUGCCGAAGGCUACGUCAAGGAGAAAAUGGUAUCAAUUGCGUCAUAUAUUUUCUUUCAUCAACCAAACACUACUUCUUCUAUGAUGAAUUGCUUCUCAACAAGGUGUCCACAAAUCUUUUUUUCUUUCAAAUAAAUAGGACUUUCUGGAGUUCCGCGAUUACUUGGAGCAGCAACUGGUGAACGAUUACAUUGCCCUACAGCAAGCUACCAAGACGGAUAAAAAACUGGAUGAAUACUUAUUAGGAUUUUUCACAUAUAUCCACUACUUCUCUAUCUCAUACUCAAACUCUUUUCCUGCUCCAUACCUUUUCCGAUCCACAUUCUAACAUGCAACAAUCGGUCGCACGAGCCUCAACAACAGUUCCGUAAGGCCAUCAGAUGCUUGCAAUUGCGUAAUUUCCAGCAUACGCGUCUCAUCGAUUUUGUCUGUCAACAAUAUACUAACCUCGACUGCUGCUGUGAUGGCCGGUUCCUAGAGAGCUACGCAGAAAUAUCGAAGCACGCUGAACUACCUGAGGAGUACAGCCAGUAUACUGGAGAUCCUCACGCUAUCUCCAUCAUCCUUUUGGUUUGGAUGGCACUUGGCCGCGUCAGGGGUAACACCCUUGCAAUUUUUAUGGGCUAUUCACCAAGAAUUUUCUAAUUAAGUCAUUCUUUAUGUGUGCUGGUAACUCAGCCAUCGCCUCUUUCUAAUGAUUGCGGUGAAUCCGGAACCGGCAAAUCUUAUGAUGCUUUUUCGGAGCAAUCGCGCAUUUGUAUUUAUUGACAUCAUUUAUAUUCAGAAAAAGAAUAUAAAAGAUGUUCGCAAAUACUGACCGAAGUAUGCAGAAUCUAAUCUGUCUGGAUCCUCAACACUCUCAAAUAUGGCACGUCGAAACUCAGGUUCUGAGACAUCCUAGACUACGUCUUGGAAUAGUCAAGAUGUAGCCACACAAGAUGAAGUCUCAGAAUCUUUUUUCUUCUAAUGAACAGAGCUACUCGAUAAUGAGUACUACGAGAUUCUUAUGCUAUCAAGCACCUGCUUCAUUUUAUGAUAAUUCUUUUUGCUUUCUCCACGCAAAAGGAAACUCAAAUGAAGCAUUGUGAAGGUCAACUUCUAAUCGAUCGACUCCUGUGGGCACUUACGUAUUUUAUUCUUUAUUUUUCUCAUAGUGCUUACUCUACUCACAUAAAAAAAUAAUUAUCUAUCAUUCUUAUUAGGUUAUCUUGAAGGAAUAACCUUUACUUUUCGACACAUUGAGGCUCACCAACAAACCCACGACAGCCGUUGGCCCGACUCGGAUACUAUUUUCCGCUGACGAGAUGCUUCCUUUAUGGCUAAAUCUGGGUAAUUCUUACCGCUUAUGUGAUAUCCUACAUCUUCAUCUCGCUGCAACUCAAAACUUCGCUGGAGCAAGGCUAAAGACUCCUCGUCAGCGGAAAAUAGUACCAAAGUCUCUAACUCGAGCUUGACGAAUUGAGCUUAAGGAUGUUACGUGGAAUGUUGGGAUCCGAAGGAUUUUGGAAACUUACGAACAUUGAGAGCCUUUUUAUACUUCCCUGGUAAUUUUUGCUUCACUGAAAGCAACUACUUACAUCUGGAAGCUUAAAUAAGACUCUCGCCUCACUCUAAUCAUUGCUGGCUAACUUAUGAAAACCUGAGCCCCCUCCUCCACUCUUGAUCUUUUUUUUUCCUUACCUCCUCAAACCUUUCUAAGACAUCCUCCAGACCAGUAGAACCAUCCGGCCAGCCUUUCUUAAGAUUGCCUCAUUAUCCCUAUCAUUCAUCCUCACAAGGCUGCGGAUUCAUAUAAUACAUCUUCAUCAUUACUUCUCCAGCCUUGGGGAAAUAUUUUGAAUAUUAGGGCCUUUGGUCCUUUAUUGUGGCAAAAAACGCGAUUCCCGAUCGGGAAUCAUUUAAAGAUGCCGCGCCGAUCAUGUUUAUGAAAGUACCUACAUGUCUGCUAGUCUACUACACCUCUUCAAUCCAUAUGGAUACCAAGCUCACCAAUAUCCAUCGGUUUGACUUAGAGAGCAGACAUUUUGUACACAUUACUCCCAUUCUCUAAUUUACAUACGGCCACGAACCCAGUGAGAUUGGAAAUUGACCAAGAUGGGUACAAGACAAGCAAAUCAGUGCGGAUUGAAAAUGAACAGGUACAGACUCAUCCACUUUUGUAUAGUCACAUGUUACUCUCCUACUUCAACCAAGCAAUUUUUAUCUUCUUUGAACAUUAUCAAUCAUCCUUUCCUUCAGGCUAGCCAACGAGACAAAAUCGUCCAGUUGACUAAGGUGGUGUACAAUCGCAAAACGAAGCCCAUUCCUUCCUGCCCGUACUGCCUUUCGAAAACGCUUUGCCUUACACGUCAGAGAUGGGACCUUUCCUUUCCCAUCGAUUUGGAAGACGAUACACCAUAA